CUGAGGCAAGAUAAUUACUUGAGCCCAAGUGUUUGAGGUUGCUGUAAGCUAUGACGCCAUGGCACUCUACUAAGGGCAUCAAAGUGAGACUGUCUCAAUUAAAACAAACAAACUAGGUUCUUCAAACAUCUACUUCCUCUAAAUUGCCUCACUACCCAGUGUAGCCUAGCACCACAAAGGACCUUCAGGAGCAACCCUAAGAGGCUAAUACCAACUUUUUCCUUUUCAAGAUCAUAGCAUGUAAAACCCUGCAUUGGAGAUGCAAGCUCAGUCACCAGUGGUCAUUGUGACUCAGCCUGGAUAUGGCCCUGUGCCCCAAAACUCCAACUGGCAGACAAGCAUGUGUGAUUGCUUCAGCAACUGUGGGGUCUGUUUCUGUGGCACAUUUUAUUUCCCAUGCCUUGGAUGCCAAAUUGUAGCUGACAUGAAUGAAUGCCGUCUGUGUGGAACAAGUGUCGCGAUGAGGACUCUCUACCACACCCGCUAUGGCAUCCCUGGAUCUAUUUGUGAUGACUAUUUAGUGACCGUUUGCUGCCCUCAUUGUUCUCUCUGCCAAAUCAAGAGAGAGAUUGACAGGAGAGCCAUGCGUACUUUCUAA